ACGAGCUGGUCCCGUUCUGGCCAGCACAAAGUAGCACGCCGCCAACACUCAACACGCCGCAGCGCUCAACACACGCUCACAGCGCCUCCACAGCCGACAACCAUUAGUGCCACAACACCGUCUCGUAGAUUGUGCCAGCACGACUGCCACCGGCGAGAACCAUCGAUUAAAACUAGGUGACAUGUACGAAUAGUGUUGAUACAGUCGUGUAGGUCUCUCAGCGAGUGUCGAACUUCUCGACUGACGUCUGAUCGGCAGUCGGUGACAUCCCGCGCCAGGUACAUGUGCCUCUACGUGUCUAGAACGUCCGAAACUGCAUCAUUCAGCUGCGCGAUAUCUGUGUGUUGCUUCCUGUGACUCCAAGUCGUUAUACGGCUGUAACAUCGGACGGCAAUACGGAUGUCAACUCGCAGAACCUGGAUCCUGUUAACUGAAGCUUAUGCUGGUCAAGUCUGCUGAAGGGAAAGAAACUUUGCUGCAAGCUGAGAAGGGCGUUUCAUCAUAGAGCUGUAUUGAUUCCUGCUGUGGCCAGUUUCUCUGGCGCUGAAUUUCGUCAGAUGGUGGAGUGUUGGGAGAUCCAGUGAUCCGAUCUAAGUGACGGACCGGGAUGCUGAGGCGGACAUUGGCGCCGAGACACCACGCCAACGUGACGAAGAGAACGUCGCACCGUACAGAGGCCUGAGCGCCGCAGGAUGGUGAAGUGCGGCGACGAGCCGCUGCUGGUGCCGCCGCCCAAGGCAGCGGCCAUGGCGGCGACCAGCAAGGCGGCGCCCGCCGUCGGCGUCGGCGUGGACCAGGAGCCCACCUACUGCUUCCGGCUGCAGGAAGAGGCGCCCGACAGGGACCGCGACAGCGCCGCCUCCACCAGCGUCUACUCCAUCUACAAGCAGCGCAUCGACCAGAUGUUCGACGAGACGCGCUCCCAGAUGUCCUCGUCAGCCUGCCGCACCACCACCUCCUACAGCUGCUGCCAACAGGAGGAGCGGCGACGGCGACGCGAGGAAGGCGGCAGCCGGCGUCCGCGCAUCAGCAACAGCGUGCAGGCGCGCAUCGAGAAGAUGUUCGCCGACAUGGCCGAGGCCUCGGGGGCGGCGGCGGCGGCGGGGGCGUCCACGGCGGGUCCUCCGCCUCCUGCGGGGGCGGGAUCGGGCCGCUUCCCCGUGGAGUACCUGGGCGCCGUGCCUCUGCGGGACAAGGUCACCACGCUGAACGGCCUGCAGCAGCCGCUGGCAGACCUCUACCUGGGCAGGCACCACCGCGACGGGGCGGGCGGCGCCGGCUGGCUUGAGAUCUGCGCCGGCGGCCUGCGUGUGGAGGCGCGCGGCCGCCACUGGCUGACCGCCUUCCCCAGCAUCGCCGUGUGGGCCGCCGUCAAGUUCGUGCGCAGGCGCCGCGGCGCCGACGCGCAGUGCGCCUUCCUGCCGCUCAUCGCCGACCCGGACGCCGUCGACAGGGACGCGCUCUUCCGGCCGCUGCCUGCCUCCGCCGGGGCGUACGCGGAGCGGCUGGGCCACGCGCCCGUGCUGGCAGUGGUGAUGCGCGGCGGCCGUCGGCAGCUGGACUGCCACGGCUUCGUGUGCGAGCGCGCCGAGGACGCGGUGGUGGUGGCGGCGGCGCUGUACCAGGCGCUGGUGGCGCACCUGCAGCGCGAGGGCGCGGGCCGCCACCGGCAGCCCACGAGCCGCCUCGACGGCGUCAGCUACGCGCCCGCCGCCUCCAGCGUCGCCGGCAGCAGCGAGGCCGCCCCCUCCGCGCUCUCCGCCGCCUCCGAGCCUGCGGACCCGGCCGCCGGCCGAGAGCCGCCGCCGCUGCCGGCGCCCGUCCGCCCGCCCCGCAAGAAGAGGUCCUCCGUCUCUUCCGCCAGCGAGGACGGCGAAGACGCCAUCAAGGUCCUGUCCUCAGAGGAGAUACCACCGCCGCAGAAGUCAGGAAAGAAACAACAGUCACAGUCGAAGGCGCAACAGGAGCAAACUCGUAAGUUACCAGCACCAACACCACCGCAUCAGCAGCAGCAACACGAAGAGCAGCAACAAAAGCACCAGCAGAAGCCACAGUUACCCCAGACACACCAGCAGAACCAGAGGCACCAGUUACCACAGCACCAGCAAGAGCAUCAGCAUCAGAGGCACCAGUCACCGCAGCAGCAACAGCAUCAGCAACAGCAACAGCAACAGCACCAGCCUACAGCCAGCAGCGACCCCAGGAGGAGUGCGGGCCCGGGACCAGACUAUCACGACGUCCGGCGUCAGCAGAGGCCCGCCCCUGGCGGCGACAUCCUCACCAAGGUCGCCAUUCCGCGCAGCAGCAGCUUCCUCAAUGCCGGAGGACCGUUGUCCAGGUACAGUGGACGCGGGGGGACGGGCGGCGUCGGUGUGGGCGACUGCGCUGCCAGAGGCGUCGGGGGCGGCGGGGGCGGCACCCUGCACAGCAGCGACGGCGGCAGCAGCCCGCUCGGCUUCAACGAGCUGUUCACCGAGUUCCGCGUGCACGAGGGGCUGCACUCCACCGACGACAUCCUGGACGCCAUCAUCGACGCCGAGGGCAUGUCCUUCAACGACCUCAAGCCCAUCUACAAAGAGUUCCUCCUGAAGCUGGCGUUCACGCUGACGCGCGACGAGCUGUACCAGCGCAGCAAGAGCAUCAUGCGGCGCCAGCGCAAGAAGCAGCAGAAGCACCGCAAGGGCCUGUACGCCCCCGGGAGCACUGGGGGCGGUCUCAAGCGCGCCUUUCGCCGUUCCGUCUCCAAGCUGAAGCCCAGGCCGGGCAGCUUCGAGUUCACCUCUGUACUCUUCCAACCGAGGCCAGCUCGAGCGUCAAAGAAGUGCAAGAAGCCGACAUUGGUUACCGGCAAGUGUUCUUCCAGCACAUCGUCAACAUUCUCAUCUCGCAGCCACAAGCUGCGUACAGGAACGAAUCGUUUGCCGAGACGGCUCAGUAGCCGAAGACGGGCAGGUGCACCUCCUCUGAAGAGGCGUCCAACGGUGAGCACGUCCGAGGAUAGCGACUUCAUGUGCGGCACAGACGUGAGGCUACCUACCCGCGCCAUUCGCAGCCCUGCACCUGCCACUGCUGCUGGUAACAUGGCCAACAACCGCUCGUCCAGUGGCUACUUCUCAUGCAGCGAGUGCAGCUAUGACAGCGAGUCCUGCACCUGCACAUCUGCAGACAAGUGCUACUGCUCUCUUGGAGGUGGUGGCGGUGGCAAAGUGCCAUCGGCGAGAGGUCACAAGCACGCCCCCGUCACCUCUGGAACGACAUCAUGUGAUUCAGAAAGCUGCGGCGCUGGUCGUUGCUGCACAUGUGGCGUCCCCAGGCCAUCAAUGCCCUAUAGACAGGUUUCAAAACAAAUGGAAUCUCCCGACACUGCUUGGAAACGCAACGAGCGCAGAACACGUGCUGCUCUGCAGCAACAGACAGCAGCACGGAAGAGAAUGGAUGUGUACAGUGAUGUGGCAGUCCGCCCACAGUACCACCUGCCCAGUGAUUUCCGUGACUUCAGCAGCACUUCAGAUCUCGCACUUGACUAUGAGCUCUUCACAGUCGCCAAGUCAGACAGAAACAGUGUCUGUGAGGAUCGUAAAGUACUAGUUGUGUCUGCUCGUGAUCCACGAGGCCGCCUGCUGUAUGUUGGCCCUGCAUCCUGCCGAGCCAGUUCGAGCAGUGAUUCACAGCGACGCUCACACAAAGCUAGGGCACAACCGAGGCCUGGAAACUCAGCGGGAUCUGAAGCACUCUCAGUGAAGAAAUCCGCUGAAAUUGCAGCACUUUUCUCGAAACAAGCUCUUUCAGCUCCUAAUGAUGAAGUAUUUUACAACACACUCGAGCCACCAGACUAUUAUUUGACAGCAAGAGGACCCAAGACUGCAUCAAAUUAUAUGGCAAGCAACUUAGAGAACUCACUUGGAUAUCUACCAUAGGAGUGUCAUUAAGAACAGCUGCACAUCUUUCUGCUUAUGUGUACAAACAGUUUUGAUUGCCUUUGUUUGGGGAGCAGCUAUACUAAAUAUCCUCCUCCUCCUUAUCCUUCUCCUCCUCCUCCUCCUCCUCCUGCUCCUCCAACAACAACAACAACAAAAUAUACAUUAAUGUUAUAAAAUAAUGUGAGCUAAAAUAAAACUAAAAUACAAAGAUGUGAAAAGUGAAAGUUAAAUAGUGAUGAGGUUGCAUGUCUGGUACCUUCAUAGUUUACUCAGUGAGCAAAAGAAGUAACUUUAGUUUUUCAUGGGUGAGGACUGCUAAGUUUUGACCUCUACUUGCUAUUGCUAUAGUGUGUAAUGUGUUAAUAUUACUGCUUAAAAUCUAAUUAAAAGCUGUCUAAUACAUUCAGAUUCAUUGAAUAUUAUGUUAAUGAAUGAACUGUGGAAAAGUUGCUGCCAACGUCUUGCAAGUACUUUCUUCCGGACAGGAGGUGUCCUGUAUUACAGACAGGAAAACCAAGACAUGUUCACGGAGGACCUACCCUAAAUGUUGUAUGGAAAAUGUGAUUUCACUGUAAACCAAAAGCUUGUCAUGAUGUGUUACCUCAUAGUUUCUAUGUAUGAGUCACAAUGUCCUGAAAAUGAUAUAACUCAGAAAAUUAACCCAGAAUUCAAUAACAUGGCAAGUUCAGAUGUGAUCAGUGUCAUAAAGUGUGAUGAUAACCAAUAAGGGGGGAACAUGUGCAAUAUAACUGAUAUGAAAAAAUGUGCAAUAUCAUGUGCAAUAUUCUUAACCUUUUAUUUAUAUAAAAAACUUGUGUACAUAAAUAUACAGACAAAUGUGUGAAUACAAAUUGCUUUCAUUAUC